AUGAAGGUGCGGGUGCUGCACAGGCAAGAGGGCUGUGGGGUCCCUUCUGGCCCUGGGGCGCUGCAGCGGCUGGCAGCAAACAGAGACCCCCGGCUGCAUCCUUUUCAAAAAGAGCGGGAGUACAGCCGCGCGCUGGUAGCAACAAAGUUGAAGAAGCUUUUUGCCAAACCCUUUGUUGCUGCUCUCGAGGCCCACACAGACGGCGUCAAGGCCAUUGCCAAGUCCCGCACCCACCCAGCUGUUAUCUUUUCUAGCUCUUGCAACGGGGAAGUUUGCGCGUGGAAUUUAGCAGCAAAAAAAUGCACAGCCAACAUCAAAGCGCACGAUGGAUUCGCCAGAGGGCUGGCAGUGGGGCCUGGGGACUCGUUUUUGUUGAGUUGCGGAGAUGACAAAAAAAUAAAACAAUUUAAAAUAAAAAGAGAAUCUUAUUUGUCUCUUUGGGACGCAGAAGCAGCAGCGGAGCUGCAGCGCGACGAGGGUUUGCUGCAGCAGCUGCCCGCCAAAAACCAACUCACCUGCUCCGGCCUAGACCCCCACCCUGUGAACGUCUUCAUGGCGGACUCUCCUGUGACGAGCGUCGACUACCACUGGAACCGCCAUCUCUUUGUGAGCACUGGGGAGGCUGUGCAGCUGUGGGAGCCAAACCGCUCCGUUCCCCUCCAGACUUUCUCCUGGGCCUCCGACGGCGUCUACUGCGCCAAGUUCAAUCCUUCGGAGACUUCACUUUUGGCUGCGGGACUCAGCGGGAACUCAAUAGCCCUCUACGACAUUCGAGGCAACACUCCCAUACGCAGGGUGCUCAUGAAGAUGAAGACAAACGCCUUAAGUUGGAACCCUCAGGAGCCGCUGAACUUCACAGCAGCAAAUGAAGAUGGGUGUUUAUACACUUUCGAUUUGCGGCGGCUUUCGGAGGCCUCGAGGGUUUACAAGGACUUCGUCAACGCCGUGCUGGACGUGGACUAUUCGCCGACGGGCCAGGAGUUUGUGGCUGCUUCUUUUGAUGGGACUUUAAGAAUUUUCAAAACGCAAGAGGGCCGCAGCAGAGACGUUUACCACACCCGGCGCAUGCAGAGCGUGCUGAGCUGCGGGUUUUCUUCGGACUCGCGCUUCGUGUUUAGCGGCUCCGCAGAUAUGUGCAUUAGGGUUUGGAAAGCAGCAGCAGCAGCUUUGCUGGGGCCUCAAAACCCUCGCCAGCGAGCAGCAGUUAAUUACCGCCAAACCCUCGUCGACAAGUUCGCCCACUUGCCCGAAAUUCGCAGAAUCGAGAGGCACCACCACGUGCCCAAGUUGAUCAAGAAGACGCAGGAAAAGAAACGAAUUAUGAGGGAGGCGGCGAAGAGGAGGGAGGACAACCGCAUUGCCCACUCGAAGCCCGGGACAGUCAAGCGGGUGGCGGAGCGCAAGAAGUCCAUUUACAGAGAAAUAGAAUAA